CUGUCCAGUUACUUUUUGUUUUACGACGGGCCAUCCUGCAAGACCUGUUGCUGAAUUUUAUAUUUAGUGAAAAGCCAAGAUCAUGUAGAUGUCCAGAAGAUAACAAUUGACCUCUUUAGCGUUGAGCUAAGUGCUAUUCAAACCGUGUAUCCAGAAGCUCAAAUACAAUGGUGCCUCUUUCACGUCGCUCGUGCCUGGAUGGCAAAAAUAAAAGAGUACAUCAAGACAGGCAAUACCCCUCAAGAUUCAACUGAAUGCAGAAAAGAUAUCACAAGUUUGAAGUCAUUAAUGUGGGAAGAAAUGCAUCAGAAUUUAAUAGAAAAUUGCAAUCGUUUCUUCUUGACUUUGGGUCGUAUACGCAGUUGAUCUCUUGUCUUUGCAUGUGGUAUUUCAACAAUGACGAUUUCAAACGCUGGGCAAGAGCAUAUCAGCCCGCUAUCUAUACCAAUGUGGAGAUCAGCAAUUAUAUUGAAAGCUGGCACAAUCAGCUGAAAGCGACAUAUUUAAAAAGAAAGCAGAACCGAAGAGUAGACAGACUGAUAUUCGUACUAGUGAAUGAUGUUGAAGAGGAUUAUCUCCAAAAUAUACAAAGACUGAUGCUAAACAUUGGUAGGAUAGGCCCUGAAGAAAGAAGAAGAAUGGCGAGGCAAAUAAAAAUCGAUCAAGUCAACAUGGAGUUGGUUUGAAAAUGCAAAAAGCUGGAAAAAUGUAGUACGAGUA